AUGGGAACGAUCUGGAUUUGUAUAAUUUUCACGCAACAAAAAAAACUUGAAUUAAUCCGAUAUAGUGUAACGGCUAGCACGGUUCGCUUUCACCGAGCAGACCCGGGUUCGACUCCCGGUAUCGGAAUGUUUUUUUUUGUUUUUUUGGAUUCCUUAUUGACGGUGGGGGCCUGGAUUAUUCAAUUGUAG